UCACAUCUCAAACAGAGCAGCGCACACCCUCUCUCCACCUUAGCUAUACGAACCACACCACUCCACCUCCCCAAGCCAACUCUCGAGCCACAGCGCGAUGUCGGACGCCUACGAGCGCGAGCGGCAAAACAACUCCCGCCUCGACGAGCUCGCGUCGAAAGUCUCCGCCCUCCGCGGCGUGACCAUCGACAUCUACGACAACGCGCGGGACCAGGCCGUUAUUGAUAAUGCGAACGAAACCUUCUCGUCCUUCUCCACGACGCUGAAGGGCUCGGCGACGCGCCUGGGACGCAUGGCGCAGAGCGGGAAUAAAGUUGCGGUACUGAAGCUGGCCGGGAUUAUAAUCGUGGCUGUGGUGGUGUUGUACUGGAUCUGGAGCUUGGUGUUCUGAACGAUUUCCGAGGGAUAGAGGGGAAGGGGCGUGAGAGGCAGGAGGACGAGAGAAGCGGAAAUGAGGCGGGGGUGUCAGGAAAGGGGACUUGUAUAAUUGCAGUGUCAGGGUUAGCACGGCAUAGCCGGUGGGGGGCAUGGGAUAGGCGUUUUUCUCCGGCGUGGGACGUUAGUAUGGCGUUCAGUGUAGCGUGAGACCCCUUUUUAUCGGUAUAUAUAUUAUCUUCCGUGUAUAUUGCACUACUUCUAUCUACACCU